GCCAAACACUGCCUUAACAUGCCCCUCGUGUGAUUUUUGAGUUUUAUCCCCCAAUUUUCUCCAACCAGCAAGAGUGUAUGCUGUCACUGCAAAUGAAUCUCUGUUCAUAUUCUUCUUUGUUAAGUAAGAGAAUGGUGAAAUGCCAAUGGAACUUCAAAUGUUACUCUAUUUCUCCAUCUUCCUUAUUUUCAUCAAACACAAAUACUACUACUAUUAGAGCAUUUGCAAGUUCCUGUCAGCAGCUCAAUGGAGCAUCCUCCAUUUCAGUUGCUGGACCCCACAACCCUCUUUCCCCCAUUUCAGGGUCUAUGGAGCAAGUAAUGGUGGAAUAUCUUUUUGGGAGGAAAAAAGCUACUGAAGUUGCUCACUAUGUCUGGAAGCAUGUUGUUAAGAAAGGGGAUGCAGUUGUUGAUGCCACAUGCGGAAAUGGUUACGAUACGUUGGCACUGUUGAAACUGGUUGCUGAUGAGACACAAAGAGGUCGAGUUUAUGGCAUGGAUGUUCAGAAAAUUGCUUUAGAAAGCACUUCAUCAUUACUGGACCAGUUUGCUAGUCCAGAUGAGAAAGAACUCGUUGAGCUAUUUGUUAUGUCUCAUAGUCAAAUGGAGGACAUUGUUCCAAAUGAUGUGGCUGUAAGGUUAGUUGCUUUCAACUUGGGUUACCUUCCUGGAGGUGACAAAAAGGUCAUUACCAGGUCCGAAACGACUGUGCUUGCAUUAGAGGCUGCUAAGAGAAUCUUAGCACCUGGUGGACUCAUCAGCAUUGUAACUUAUGUCGGCCAUCCAGGUGGGAGGGAGGAGUUUGAGAAGAUCGAAGAUUUUGCUUCCAGACUACCAAUUGAGAGUUGGAACUGUUGCAAACUACAUACGGUAAAUCGCCCACUAGCUCCCAUGCUGAUAUUUUUAUUCAAAAGAUAGGACAGGAUUUUUUUCGUGUUACCGAAAUGAGACUUGAUAUCAUGUUUCUGAGGUUUCAUGACUUGUAAAGAUAUACCGGGAUGCUCUUGAUCAGAUGUAUUUAUAUAUGAUGAUUCUUUGUCGUUAUGCCAGAAUUCACAUUCAUACUUUUUAAUACAAUCUCAAUUUUCAUGCA